GCCUUUUCCUGCCCUGGCAGAGAACGCCAACGCGUAACAGCGUCGGGUCAGCUGACAUAUCAGUGGACCACUGGCAGGAAGGAGACCGACUAGCGGCCGUGUGCACCGGAGACGCACUCCUACAAGCCAUAGCGGAGGCCAAGGGUGGGACUGCUGGUGGAACGAGGGCAGUUUGGUUUCAUCAUGGCCUGUCAGGUCUGAAAAACAGCCACGAUGAUUGGAGGAUUGUUCAUCUACAACCACAAGGGGGAGGUCCUCAUCUCCCGGGUCUACCGAGAUGAUAUAGGGCGCAACGCAGUGGACGCUUUCCGUGUGAACGUGAUCCAUGCGCGGCAGCAGGUGCGCUCUCCGGUGACCAACAUCGCCCGCACCAGCUUCUUCCACGUGAAGCGCUCCAACAUCUGGUUGGCGGCUGUCACCAAGCAGAAUGUCAACGCUGCCAUGGUGUUCGAGUUCCUCUACAAGAUGUGCGACGUUAUGACGGCCUACUUUGGCAAGAUAAGCGAGGAGAACAUCAAGAACAACUUUGUGCUCAUCUACGAGCUGCUUGACGAGAUUCUGGACUUCGGCUACCCCCAGAACUCAGAAACUGGAGCACUAAAGACAUUCAUCACUCAACAGGGCAUCAAGGGACAGCACCAGACAAAAGAGGAGCAGUCUCAGAUCACCAGCCAGGUGACUGGUCAGAUCGGCUGGCGUCGCGAGGGCAUCAAAUAUCGUCGCAACGAACUCUUCCUGGAUGUGCUGGAGAGCGUCAACCUGCUCAUGUCACCGCAAGGUCAGGUCCUAAGCGCACAUGUUUCCGGCCGAGUCGUGAUGAAGAGUUACCUGAGUGGGAUGCCGGAGUGCAAAUUCGGAAUGAAUGACAAGAUCGUCAUUGACAAGCAGGGCAAGGGUGGAGCGUCCGAUGAUGCUGGGAAGAGUGAUUUAGGGGGAGGAAGUGGGAAGCAGUCCAUCGCCAUCGACGACUGCACCUUCCACCAGUGUGUGCGUCUCAGCAAGUUCGACUCGGAGCGCAGCAUCAGCUUCAUCCCCCCUGAUGGAGAAUACGAGCUUAUGAGGUACCGCACCACUAAGGACAUCAUCCUGCCGUUCCGCGUCAUUCCUCUAGUCCGCGAAGUUGGACGCACUAAACUGGAGGUGAAGGUGGUCAUCAAGUCCAACUUCAAACCAUCGCUGUUGGCCCAGAAGAUCGAGGUCCGUAUCCCCACGCCUCUCAACACCAGUGGCGUGCAGGUGAUCUGCAUGAAGGGAAAAGCCAAGUACAAGGCCAGUGAGAACGCCAUUGUGUGGAAGAUCAAACGCAUGGCUGGAAUGAAGGAGUCUCAGAUCAGCGCUGAGAUUGAGCUGCUGCCCACCAAUGACAAGAAGAAAUGGGCCAGGCCCCCCAUCUCAAUGAACUUUGAGGUCCCAUUUGCUCCGUCAGGCCUCAAAGUGCGUUACUUGAAGGUGUUUGAGUCCAAGCUCAACUACAGUGACCACGAUGUCAUCAAAUGGGUGCGCUACAUCGGUCGCUCUGGAAUCUAUGAAACGCGCUGCUAAAUUGGCACGCCGAUUUGAUCCAUCCUCUUCUCAGUUUCUCUUUGCCCUGACCCUCCAUCUUUAUAUCUCCUCCCAUUUAUAUUUAGAUCAUACACCCCCCUCUCCUAACUAGGUGUUGGAGGUUGACUUUACAUCAUUUAAGAAAAGUAAAUAUGGCAUAAUGCACAGAUGUAUGCAAAAUGUGACCCAUUGUAUCGUAUAUAUCUCGUAGUAAUGAGUAAAGCAGGUGCACCAAAAGGGCAGGACAGCAAUGUGGCUCUGUUUUGUUCAUUCAGUGUUAUUGUUCUAUACACUAUCAAUUUAACUUUUAUUAGUCCCGCACAGUUUGCAAUUUUCCUCUCCAGUAAGAUGACGUGUAGCUGUUGUGGUUCCACAUGAAUCUUGGUAUAAUUCUUGUGUAUGAGUAGUCCAAAGUCUGUGUUGUUGACUGAUGAACUCAAUUCAAGGGGAUAAGUCACUUUUAGCUUGCUGCUUUUGUGUACAGUAACAGAGGACAUUCCAGACAGACCUAAUGGGCCCUGCUAGUGGCGAGUUUGAUUUUGAAAGGAAUUUUCCUAAAUGUAUCUGAAGCACGGAGACCAACUUCAUUCAUCGAGUAUUAGAUGUAACACUAGAAAGGUGUGCUGGGAAAUCACAACCUUCCUUUCCCGUCCCCCUGCAGUAUAAUGUAGAGGUGAUGUCUCCCCCUGGUGUUUACCUUGUCACUGUCUGCUUCUUCAUAUUUGUAGCCCUGGUGACCGUUCUGUCCAAUAAAAUCUCACCAUGUAUCCAAAUUGGCUCAAAACCUGUAUUUGCAUGCUGAAAUUACAGUGAUACAUUGACAUGUAUAAUUAGAAAAGAAUAAACUAAAGCGCAGAAGAAAUGUUGCUAUAGUAACAGUCUUAAUAGCAAUGUGCUGUGACAAAAUGAAUUGAGAACAAUACAUACUUUGGCGAACAUAUUUAAUACCUUUAUCCCAUCUUCCUCUUUUCAAAUUCUACACGUGGGGCUGUAAAUAAACUUCAAAAAUGGCGGUGAAAUAAGGAACUGAUUAAAAUAACAUUGACAUUAAUGUUAAUGACUGAUACACAACUGGCCACUGGACUUGUUGACAACACUUUUCGUAGGCUUCCUUAAAUUAGUCGACUGCCACCUAAUAGUGUUCAUUUAUUUGAACAUUAGCUAAACAUGCCUUUACAAAGAUGUUCAAUGCAGUAUUGGAUCGGAUAAAACUGCAGGUGUACUUAACGUUAUGAACAUAGUGUACAUUAGUUUCCUCGACAGAUUAUCACGACAACACAUCUUACUUUAGUGCACGAACUGAGGCAGAAAAUAGUUCUCCUUCAACUUACACUAGAAGGAGACAGGUUUGUGGAGGAAUUAAAGCUGUUAGUGAUGUUCCGUGGGGCUAAGUUUGUGCUUAUGACAUUUUUUUUAAAGGGGAGCGAGUUGAGUAGUUCUCAAUUGGGAUACAUUUUCUUUGUUCAUCAAAUAAGUUGGAAGCCUUCCCGGGCUCACAAUAAGAUCAUGGCGAUUCUCAGAAAACAUAAGAUUGUUCUUUGUACAAACACCAGAAGAUAAAGUAAAGAUGUAAAUGCUCAUAAUAGGUCGGCUGACACGAAUGUUGUGUUGACAGAAGACGCUUCAAUCAUGAAUGACGCAAUAAAACACUUGCACACACACACUACCGUAACAUAUCAUUUAGGCUACCUUCACACUGCAGGGUAUGAUGCACAAUUCGGAUUUUUUUUUGGUUUAAAUCCGAUUUUUAUGUGGUCGUUCACAUUACCACACAAACCCGACAUGUUAAAAUGAAUGCAAAUCGUCUGAAAAGUGACGUGCAUGCGCAAGAGAAUGACAUCGCCUGCGUUUCCGGAAGUAAACAUUGCUGCAGCGUGAUGUGCGAUAAAAUUUAUUUAGUUUCCGAACCGAUACUUGUUAAAAAUUUAGGCUGGUAUCGGUGAUACCGAUCCGAUUCUAUGUGUUUGGUAAAUUUUAAAAACAGUGCACAGUAUUUCAAAUCAUAGCAUAAAGAAUACAAGGUGCCAUAGUUAUUGAUCUAUUUUAAACCCUUAAACAUAUUGAGGUAGUGGGGUGAUUGUACAGUUAGCUAAGAACAAACAAAAGGACACAAUCAUAUAGCCAACGUAUCAAAAGUAUCACUAUUAUAUUCCAGUAUCGAACUAUUCGAGGAUUUUGUGCAAAAUUUUGGAGACAACUUGUUGCUGUCUGUUUCAAGCUGUGUGUGGGUGGCAGAAGUGGGGAGACAUGACAGAUAACAUAAAUAAAUAA